CUUCUAAGUUGGGCCCCGGGCCCUGUGGAACUUGAUCGUUCUGGCAGUGCAGAGCAAGGUCACACCCUUUUGGGUUCUGAUAUAACAAAACAGUAAAUAAUAAUACACUACAAAUGGACAGUACGAGCUUCAUCAGAAGCCUUCUACGAGCUUGUUACGGCGAGACGACGGGCCCGUCUCAGGGCCCGUCUGAGCCGCAGGACUAUGGCGAUGUCUGGUCCAAGCUGGGCUCCGACCUUAUCCGCAGCAUUGCAAAGGAGUUACAUCCUCACGAUGUGGCUGCAAAGCUCCGGCCGCUCAGCCGCGCGACAGCCGAGGCAUUGCGUGACAUGCGCACCACAAUCCAGCUCACUUAUCGCAUACAUCAUUUGAAAUACGACUGGGAUGUCAUAGUCGGUUGCCAGGAGGCGUGGCCCGGCAAAGACUUCGUGGCGCACUGGGGCCGGCCAGACCCCUGGCGAGCGCUUUCGCUGGCCCGCCGUCGUCGCCUGUUGUGCCUGGCUGCCUCCAGCCACCACGCCGGCAGCCUGGAGGCCGCGCUGGAUCACUGCGACGUGAAGCUGGAGGCCGAUGUGUUCGAGUCGGCUGCGGCCGCCGGCGACCUGGAGGCUUGCAAGCGCUUGACGGCGCAGGGAUGCCCAGUGUCCGGGCUCGGCCUGUGCGCAGCGGCCUUCGGCGGAAACCUGCAAGUGGUCAAGUUCGUAAUGCAGAUCCUCGGUGACAAAAGUGAAGUUACGGGCCUGUGUUAUGGCCACCCGUGUGCGGAUGCGGCGGUCUACGCGGCCGCCGGCGGCCACGCAGCGGUACUGGAGUGGGCUGCGGCGCGCCGGCCCUCCGCCGUCCUGACUUGGCGGUGCUUGGGCGCCUCCGUCAUGUGGGCGGCCCACCACGGACACGGGGAGCUGCUGGAGCAGAUGCUGCUGAGUCAGUGGCGGAGGCCGAGCUGCGGCCGCCGCUUCGCGAGGGCGGCACGCGGGUGGCUGCUAGGGCGACGGUGGUGGGGCGGGAGAGGGCGCCGCGGCGGCGGCGGGUACAACCCCACGCGUGUGCUGGAGCUGGCAGCCCUGUACUGCCCCGCGCCCACGCUGCGGCGGCUGUUCCUAGACUUGGUACCCUCAGGCUUGGUGAAAUGGCACACGCGCUUCUCCCAGGCCUGGCUGGUGGCGCGCGCCAUCGUGAGCCCCAGGGCGGACUGGGAGGAGAAGGCGGACUUCCUGGCGGAGCAGCUGCAGGGUGCUGGCGCUGGCGCUGGUGCUGGCGCUGGCGCUGGCGCUGGCGCUGGCGCUGGCGCUGGUGCUGGUGCUGGCGCCGGGGCGGCGGCUGGCGGUCUUGCGGAGGGCGCGCUGGCGGCGGAUGCGUUCCGUAAUGCGAUCGAGGACACGGAGAUCGAGGACAACUCCUACGACAUUGGCGUGGCGGUGGAGGAGGACGUGGAGGGCUGGGGCGCCGUGGCGCAGCCCCAGUUCGGCAAGCGGCUCGCGCGCCUGGCCGGCCUGGCGGCCUACGGCGUUGAGAUACGGGAGGACUGGCGGCGGCGGCUGGGGGAGGUGCUGGCCAAGUCCGGCAAUGUCAUGGCGCUGCGGGAGCUGCUGGGUGUGUGGGAGUCGCCAAUCGUGGACUCCAUCCUAGCGCACAAUGUGGUGCACUGGGCCGUGCGGCACGGCCACGUGCCCGUUCUGGAGUUGCUGAGGGAGCGGCUCGGGUCGCAUGCUUUCAGUUCGGAUCACGCGAUGACGGCGUUGAAGCACCGCCCCUGCCGCAUGAACGGCGUGCGCUAUAUUGCGGCGCUGGACGGGGACAUCACGGCCGACCCGUUCGGCUACAUGCACACAUCCUGGGAUGCGGUGUUCAGCGAGGCCGCCCGGCGCGGCGCUGACGUAGAGCUGCUGCGGCUGCUGUACGAGCGGCGCGGCGCGGCGGUGGACCUGGAGGCGGUGGAGGCGGGCGGCAGCGUGGAGGCGGCAGAGUGGGCGGCGGGUGCACUGCGGCAGGCGGCGGUGGCGGGGCAGGCAGAACAGGCGGCCGCUCGCACGUCGGGCCAGGUGGAGGCGGCAGCCAGCGGCAUCCAGGAGGCGUUGGCGCCGGCGUGAUGCGUGCUGUUGUAGAUGUGGGGCGUUAGCUAGCGCUGCUGCCGGCGGGCGGUGAUGUUGGGGGUCGGCCCUUCGUGACGGGCAGGUGUCAGCGGCGCGCAUGCAUGUGGAACAUGGUUGUUGGAGGUCAUUUGGAGGGUGGGCUGCUUGGCGUGACUGUGUAUUGCAUGGUGCCCGGCGGGGGCUGGCAUUCGUAGCGUAUGGGAUCCGUGGGACCAAGGAAUGGGGGAAGUCUACGUGCAGUUGAACAUGCCGCUACGCUCUAAUGACAAGUUCUUGUGUGUUGGGGAAGCGUAAGGGGAGAGGCUCAACACGUACCUAUCGUUUGUACAUGUGUGGUGUACUCGCCCACGGCGCAGUCACAAACUCACAUUGUCGUGCACCUCUGCCCAGCCGCAAUUUGUAAACGCAUAGAAAG